GUGCUGGAGCUGAUUAUGAACGAGAAGCCCCCCACCAGUGCUAGUCUUUUCCUGAACGAGGACGCAGACAGACCCCCAAUUCCAGAGAGAGGAGACUUGAGGAGACGCCUACGCAGGGCCAUGGAGAGGAGAGCCAGCAGCUUGAAGGAGAGGAUGACCUCCAUCAGUCGGGAAAGUGUCAAAGGUUUCCUCAGGAGGAACCUGUUUGUUCUUUUCACCAUUGCCGCCGUGGCUCUGGGUGUAAUCCUGGGCUUCGCUUUACGCCCCCACAACCUGUCCCUGAGAGAGAUCAAGUACUUUGCCUUUCCAGGGGAGCUACUAAUGAGAAUGCUACAGAUGCUGGUGCUGCCUCUCAUUGUCUCCAGUCUGGUCACAGGUAUUUCCUCAUUGGACAGCAAAGCCUCAGGUAAGAUGGGAAUGCGUGCAGUGGUCUACUACAUGGUGACAACCCUGAUUGCCGUUUUCAUCGGCAUUGUUACCGUUAUAAUCAUCCGGCCGGGGAAAGGCAGCAGGGACAGUCCCGUAGCCAACAGUGGGAACAUAGAGCCAGUUCAAGCUGCUGAUGCUUUCCUGGAUCUCAUCAGGAACAUGUUUCCUCCCAAUCUGGUAGAGGCUUGUUUCAAGCAGUAUAAAACUGUGUACAAGAAGACUGUGCACACAAGGAACGUGACAGUGACCCUGAACCUCACUGACUAUCUCAACGUGACAGAGUCUAACCUGAGCGUGAACCUCAGCAGGGUGCUGCACACUAUACAGGAGACAGUGGAGGAAACUGUCCCUGUGUCCGGGUCCUCGAAUGGAGUGAACGCUCUGGGUUUGGUGGUUUUCUCCAUGUGCUUCGGUCUGGUCAUUGGCAGCAUGAAGCAGCAGGGCCAGGCCCUCAGGGACUUCUUUGACUGCCUCAACGAAGCCAUCAUGAGGCUGGUUUCCAUCAUCAUCUGGUAUGCUCCAGUCGGUAUCCUGUUCCUGAUUGCGGGGAAGAUUGUGGAGAUGAAGAAUCUGGCAGAGGUGGGCGGUCAGCUGGGGAUGUACACCGUGUCGGUCAUUGUGGGUCUCCUGAUCCACGGCCUCUUUGUCCUGCCUCUGCUCUACUUCCUGGUUACCAGGAAGAACCCCUACAUCUUCAUCGGUGGUCUUCUGCAGGCGCUCAUCACCGCUCUGGGGACCUCAUCUAGCUCUGCUACCCUGCCCAUCACUUUCCGCUGUCUGGAGGAGAACAACCGUGUGGAUAAACGAGUGACACGUUUCAUCCUCCCUGUGGGUGCCACCAUCAACAUGGAUGGCACCGCCCUCUACGAGGCUGUGGCAGCCAUCUUUAUUGCCCAAGUCAAUGACAUGGAUCUAAACUUUGGACAGAUUCUGACCAUCAGUAUCACAGCAACUGCUGCCAGCAUCGGAGCAGCAGGCAUCCCUCAGGCUGGCCUGGUUACCAUGGUGAUCGUAUUGACAUCGGUGGGACUGCCCACAGAGGACAUAACACUGAUCAUCGCUGUGGAUUGGUUCUUGGACCGCUUACGGACCACCACCAAUGUGCUGGGUGACUCUCUCGGGGCGGGAAUUGUGGAGCACCUUUCCCGUGGAGAGCUGCAGAGUCAGGAUGCUGAGGUGCGCAACUCUGUCAUCGAGGAGAAUGAGAAGCCCUACCAGCUGAUCUGUCAGGAGAAUGAUACACUCAACCACCGCAACAGUGAGACCACAAUGUGA